UGUCGUGCAAAGUGCGGAGCCAAACCAACCACAGGGGAAAGCCCAGUGUCGAAAUGUCUAUUUUUUGUCAAAUUUCACCACGGAUAAGUAGAUUUUGAUGAUUGUAUGACAUUAUUUAAUAGGCUAGUAGCGUUUUUUUUUUAAUGAUAUAUAUUGUUUAGUCGUUCGGAAACGAGUUACGAAGAGGAGAAAAAAUGGCGAGUCGUAGCCAUCCACCGCCACCCCCGCCUGGCGGUCCUGGCGGUCCGCACGGCGGCCCGGGACGAGAGCGCUCAAUGAGCACAUCAGGGGAGUCUUUAUACGUAACCCUGGGAAUAGAAAAGGGUGCAGAUACAGACGCUAUAAAGAAAGCAUACAGAAAGCUUGCGUUAAAGUAUCACCCGGACAAAAACAGAGAUGAUCCAUCGGCAGAGGAAAAGUUUAAGGAGAUCAACAAAGCUAACAAAGUCCUCAGCGAUGAGAAGAAACGACAGAUAUACGACGACUACGGAUCGGUGGGUCUGUACAUUGCAGAACAGAUCGGGGAGGACAACGUUGAUUUGUACUUCUUAGUCAACAGCAAAUGUUUCAGGGUAUGCUGCGGUGUCUGCUUCUUCUUGUCCUGCUGCUGUUUCUGCUUCUGCUGCUGCCUGUGCUGCUGCUGCUGCUGCGGGAAGUGCGCUCCAAAAGAAGAAGAAUACAGCGAAGAAGAUAUUGAUGAGAUUCUACGAGGGGCUCAAGAAGAUGAAGAUGAGGCGGCGCUAAGGGACAGUGAGGUUCCGAUCACGCUGCAGCCCGGCGCCGACGAAUCGGCGCAGCUUAAAGGUUCUAAUCUGCCGGAGGUGACGCCUCCACAUCAAGCAAUACCGAUGCCUGCCCCGCCCAUGUCGACGACACCCGAGGCCACAGAGAAAACGAGUCUGAAGUCGGCUGAGGUUCUGAAUACUAGUUAUAUGGUCGAGAGGGAGUAGAUGGUUUCUGUUAGAUGCCAUCUUUACGGGCGUUGUGGGUUUCAGCUUAAGUCACAAUUUGUGUCGCAUUCGCAGGAAGUAUGAACCGGCUUUAAGGCUAGUCCUAAGCUAGGGCGAGUUACUCGUCCUAACUCGAGACUAGUCUUAAAUUUUUUUUUUAAUCCACCCCUGGUACUUGGUAAUCCUGUUGCAUGAUCAAAGGAGUGCCAAUACUAAUAGGUCCACGUUUCAAAGGUAAAAUGGAAGGACUGUAUUAUAUAAUUACCAGAGUACUCUGUUUGAAACAUUAAGACAUGAUCGUCUUAAUUUCAUCGGAAUUGUACUCGAGUCGUAAACAAAUGACGACCAAUAUGUUCCCGACGGUCUUAGCUAAAGUCAAGCGUCAUUUUUGUUGGUGUCAUCGCAGGGUCGACCCGAGGGCAGCUUUUAUCUCUUCCCUGGUUCCUUCUCAGAACCAGCACUUCUUCCAAUAAUAGAUUUGAGGGUUGGUACUCUGUAAAGCUGCUCAGGGGCAUGUUUUGACAAACCUGACCAGAAACAAGUAUCUGACAUAAACUGGGCCCGAUUUUGUGGUUAAGCAGGAAAUAAUUGCUGAAAAUGUUUCUGUUCAUAAAAAAUAAGCAGGAUACCAGUCUCAGAUUGUACUUUUGGCCCUGGCUGGUUACCAGAAAGAGUUUAUCGCUUGGGAAUUAAUCUUUGCAACAUAUACAGCCUUUAUUUUAUUUUUCAACUAAUGAGCUUAGUCUUUGUUAUUUUAUCAAUAUUAUUAGAUUUGUGUGCUUCAGGCUUUUUUAUUUUAAAAAGAAAUUAAUUGGACAUUAAGUUUGUGGAAUCUGCCUUCUUGAAACCAAGUUAACAACUCUGUUGGCCGGUUUAGUUGCGCAACCGUGGUUGAGCCAAACACGCAGAAAAGCUUUACUGUUGACCUAAGCUCAAGCAUGUCAUAGGUCAUGGUCAUUGAAACGCGUCUAAGAUCCUGCUUCCUACACCACUCAAAGCUUCCAAAUUUACUUAACUUAACAACAUUCACUGUAAAAAAAAAAUUGAAUUUAAGCACAAAUUAAAAAAAAUUGCGGGAGCAGAUCAGACUUUUCAUGUACAUGUUGAAAUUCCUGAAGAAAUUGUGAAUAGGUGUAUGUUUUUUUCUUUUUCAAUAUCUAAAUAAUUAAGCAAGUACUAACUAUCUGUUUAAAACUAAACUAAUAUUGGCUUAAUGAGAAAAGUGUAUAAACAAUAUUUUAUAGGAGAUAAUUUAUUGUUUUGUGAGGUUUAGGGUCGGGGUUGAGAGAGCGUUUUCUGUAAUGAAGGGGUUAGUUUAACCAAAGACCCGGGCCCAAAUUUAUGGCUCUGCUUACCAUAGGCAAAGAAUGGGCGCUUAUGGAAGCAGGGAAUUCCGCGCUUACGUCAAGCGUAUUUUAUGGGUUAGCAGGAAAUUUUUGCUUGUGCAUGUGCAUACUCUACAUUACUAGGUAUUCUACGCUUACACAGCUAGCACAGACAGUCAGUGCUUGCACAGUAAGCAGAGAAUGGUGAUCGUAAGCGCAGAAUUCGAUGGUAAGCAGAGCCAUAAAAUUGGGCCGAGUAUACGUAAAGUGCGUUAGGUGUAUAGUAAUGCUGCCCUAAGCCUCUUUGUCAAGGCCUUUGUGGCAGAAACAGUGGAGCAAACACCAAUGAAGCUGUCAUUGAGAAUGACUGCUUCAGGGCAAGUUGAAAGGUCUUUUGUUCCUGGAAUUGUGAAUAUUCAAUUUUAAACAUGAUGCAAGUACUAGGCUCGAAUACAAAGUACUUUACCGAGAAUGAAAAUUUAGUUUUGUGUUCAGAAAUUUGGAAACUAUGUUAACAUGCUACAUUGGAAGAGUUCAUAUUUGGACUUGACCUUUACUUUGACCUCUUUGUGUGAAUAGAAGGAGGUCGAACCUUGUGGCCGCUAUGGUCUCUACAUGGUUGAAGUGCUGAAAUUCGAGCUCUCAUGGAGCUUUUGAGAACAGAAUUCUCGAAGCCAGAGAACAUCAAAGAUCAUAACUUCUUUUUGUCCUUAGUGCCAGAGAAGUAGAUCCAAGACCUUUUUUCAUAUCUUUAUUAUGUUAACAAGUUCUGCGUUUUAGCUUAGAAGUAAAUAUCCUCAUAUAAAAAUCUCUAGAAACGUAUUUUUGUUAAUAAUUCAAAGAGGUUUACGGUAACACCAUGUGAAAACCUCUUUUAAGAAGUGUUGUUUCUGAAAAGAACCGGUGGUCAAUGACUCAACAUCUCGAUCAUUAUUUGAUCCUGAAGACGGUUAGAGUAUACUGAUAGAAACUUUGAGUUGUUAAAGAAAGUGGACACUAUUGGUAAUUACUCAAAUUAAUUAUUAGCAUAAAACCUUUCUUGGUGUCGAUUAAUGGGGA